AUGAUUUAUCUCGAUGGCAAGCCAUUUGUCGUUCGCUUCAAUUGCGAAAUGCUCCUGCGCGCGCUGCGGUCUCAAGAUCUACGGUACCAAUUCUGGAUCGAUGCUUUGUGUAUCGAUCAAACCAACGUGCUCGAACGGAACGGUCAUGCAAUGCAGAUGCAAGAAAUAUACCACGGAGCUCAGACGACGCUAGUCUAUCUCGGCGAGCACGACUCGGACUCCGCAAACAUCCUGCAGUCUAGGACGGCAUCAUCGCGUUCUGAUACUGGGCUCGGCAAUGUUCACUCCUCUGUUUACAGGCGUGGGCGUCAUGAUGGCACCGCACUGAAGUACACUCAAGAGAUCAACGCCAUCUUCAUGGGAAAGUUUCAGACUCGGCCCUGGUUCCAUCGGCUAUGGAUGGUCCAAGAAGUCCUUUGGCCUGCCAACGUUGAAUUCUUCUUGUCGAGCGAGUCCUGCGAGUGUUUCAAUACCUGCGACAAUUUCUUUCCCAUGGAGAGCAUUUUUCGCAUCUGGAUCGGUUUCGUACGGCAAGGCGAUCAUCAAGACGAUGUCGUGGGUAUCAGCAGCAGUAGCACCGACAAUGCCAGGAGUGUUGUCAAGCCGGAAGUACCAGCCGUGAUCGAAUUUAUCAAACGGCGGCGUACACGCUCUUCGACUAGCCACGGGAAAACGGGACGAAUGCAGCUCCCUCUGUGGCAAGUUUUUGCUACCCUCGAAGCGACCCGCGACUUCCAGUGUACUGAUCCGAGGGAUAAGAUUUUUGCGAUCGGGUCUUCAUUUGCGAAACCGAUACCCGAAUUACUACGACCAAGCUACGAGAAGUCCGUAAUCCAGACAUACUCCGAUGCUAUGUUUUUCAUGAUUAACUAUAUGACUUCGGAAGCCAUCAUGGCUGCUGGAACAUCACAGCAACGCCAGACUGGCGACAGCCAUGGUAUCCUGCCAAGCUGGGUCAUCGAUUGGCGCGAGCCACGAUACACUUCCGAAGUGGACAUUCAGAACUGGCACGCGGGCUACUCGGAAGGGCACAAGCAAAUUGUCGCUCAUCGUGAGGACAACGUGCUGAUCAUGAGAGGACUCCUAGUUGAAGUAGUCCAGGCCCUGGCCGGCGAAGUUCCGAUGAUCGCGGACACUUCGGAGCUCCGAAGACUCAGGCGACUUCAAGAAGCAGGAGACCAACCCGCCAGCAUCUAUUGCCUGCUCAUUAACGGUGACCUCGGUGUGGAGCGGGCGUCUUUCCUGGCUGCCCUGUGCACGGAAGGUACUAUCCAGGGCACGGCGACCCCGGAUCCCACUCAGACGCGGCAGGACACCGAUCAUCUUACGACCAUCGCCGCACAGUGCAACAAUCGUCGACUCUUACACCUUUCCAACGGCAAUCUGGCCAUCGGACCCGAAGGCACGCAAGCAGGAGAUUGUGUUUGCGUGUUUCUGGGCGUUGAGACGCCGAUGCUGAUUCGACCGCUCGAUGACCAUUCGUGGCAAUUGAUCGGACAGUGCUUUGUUGCGGGAGUCAUGCAUGGCGAGGCCAUUGAGAGGGUGGACUGGGAGACCGUUCAAGAUCCUGUGCCGAAGUCGCCUUUGUGGGACUUCCGACUAGUGUGA